AUGGUCUAUGAUCCUAAGCAGAACAAGUGGUUAAGCCGUAGCCCGAUGUUGCAGAGGAGAGUGUAUCACUCCAUGGCUGCUGUCCAAAGGAAACUUUACGUGUUAGGUGGGAAUGAUCUGGACUACAACAACGAUCGGAUCCUGGUUCGACAAAUAGACUCCUACAGCAUAGAUGCUGACCAGUGGACGCGUUGCAGCUUCAACAUGUUGACAGGUCAAAAUGAGUCUGGAGUUGCCGUCCACAAUGGUAGAAUAUAUUUAGUUGGCGGCUAUUCGAUUUGGACAAAUGAGCCUUUGGCAUGUAUCCAGGUGCUGGAUGUUAGCAAGGAAGGGAAGGAAGAAGUAUUCUAUGGGCCUAUGCUCCCCUUUGCUUCCAAUGGAAUAGCAGCAUGCUUUCUUCCAGCUCCUUAUUUCACAUGCCCCAACCUUCAGACUCUGCAAGUGCCUCACCACAGGAUUGGCACAAUGUGAGACAAGGAACGUGCACUUCAGAAAAUCAAAGUGAAGUGGGGGGAAAUCAGACCCUGUGUAUGGAAGAGUUUCCUUGGAUCAGUGAAAAGAAUCAAUCCACACGGGCUGCGGCUUUACCUUCACACAUUUGUCUUAAAGUCAGAUCACAAUAGGCAGGAAGGAAGCUACAAAAACUGCCUGCAGUUUCUCUCCUCUGCCUCAGAUGUAGAAACAUAUACAUGAGAGUGUUUGGCAUUUCUGCUGGUGACUACUUGCUACCUGUCUCCAUUUCCUUAUGCAACUUCGUAAGGCAUUGUGAAUGGUCUCAGCUCCUCCAGGGCUGCUCUUCUUUGGAGUCUGCACGUUCAGUUGUUCACCAAUGGCACUUUCAAGGCUGAUAGAAAGUUGUGGUUAUGUUGACAAAGAUGAUAUAAUGCUAUGUUAAUUAUGCAACUUACUCAAUACCUUUGGCAAAAAGAAUAACAAAUGUGUUGACUUCCAAUUCCGAACUCCUUCGUUUACAGUUUCUCAUUUAAUAAUACUUCAUUUGAAAUUUAAAUACUGCACAGCAGAUUAAAACAAAAAUAAAAACCAAACAAGCUCUAUGGUAUAUGAGGAACAGAUAAAAAUUGUCUUAGCUGAAAGACAAAGACACCAAAGCCUCAUGGUUAAACCCAAGUCUGAGCUGAAUGUGUUUGAGAAUCUAAAGAUCAUUUGGGAUGUCAUUUACCAAGGUCUACUAUGGAAUAAAUGUUACCUUCUGUCAUAUGAUCAAUUCCUCCUGACAGCUGCAGUCUUUUAAUGGUGGAGAACAGCCUCUUUACUGUAUAAUUAAAAUGUGCCAUUUACUUAAUAUUUUUAAUAUCCAGUUUGCAAGGGGUCACCA